GCUGAGAUGAUAGGUUGAGCCGUGGCUCCCCACCUACAAUUGUAUUAUUUUUAAAUCACAUUCAAAUAGUCAAAUAACUGCUGAGUGUGGUCUGGGGAUUAUCUGUUUCGGGGGGGGGGGCACUUGGUGUGGGCCAGGGAUUGUGCUGUAUUUUAUGAUACCAAUCAAAGCCCAUAAGCUAUUACCAUUUUGCAGGAAGAUGACUGAGCCUCCAAACGCUGGACUCCUAAAAACCCCUGGCUGAUCAUGGACCUGGAGUGCUCCCAGCUGCUCCCUGCUCUCUGUGCUGCACUGGCGGAUCCCAGGCAGCCCCUGGCAGAUGACACCUGUCUGGAGAAACUGCUGGACUGGCUUAAAAAUGUGACAGAGAUAGAGUCCAGUCUCCUGUUGCUGCAAGAGAAUCCCGCCUUGGUGGAGCUUCUGUCCCACGUGCUAAAGUCACAGGAUGUGAGCCCCAGGGUCCUCUCCUUUUCCCUGCGCCUUGCUGGGACAUUUGCAGCCCAGGAGGACUGCUUCCUCUACCUGCAGCAGGGCGAGUUGCUGCUGGGGCUGUUUGGGGAGGGCGGCCCCCUGUGCUGGGCAGCCUGGAGUGUGCCUACUGUGCGCAGCGGCUGGAUCCAAGGCCUGCGUUCCCUGGCGCAGCACCCCAGUGCCCUACACUUCCUGGUCGACAGUGGCGCUGUAGACACCGUCCUCUCCCUGCAGGGAGACCCCAGCCUGUUUGUAGCCUCGGCUGCCACCCAGCUCCUGGUGCACACUUUGGCUCUGUCCAUGCAGGAUGGAGCCAUGGGGUGCUCUGGCCUCUGGGGCGGGGUGUGGCCUGCCUGUGCCCAGAAGAUCGUGGGCCAUGUGGAAGAGUUCUUGCAGUCCACAGCUGCCCCGCAGGUCACGCAGGCCCUGAAUGUCCUGACUUCAACCUUUGGGCGCUGCCACAGUCCCUGGACAGAGGUCCUCUGGGGACAGCUGUGUCCCCUUGUGGCCCACCUGCUGGAGAGAGACCCCAUCCCAUCUGUACACUCACUCGUGGAUCUCCUCCUCAGCGUGGCCCGGUCUCCUGCGCUCGGCUCUUCCCACGGCGGCCUGUGGGAGGUGGUGGCUCAGGCUCUGCGCUGCCUAAGCCCCAUGCAAGCUGGGCCUCUGGCCUUGGGGAUGCUGAAACUCCCGCACUGUCCCCAGGCACUGAGGACCCAGGCCUUCCGAGUCCUUCUCCAGCCUCUGGCUUGUGUUGUAAAGGCCAACGCCCAGGUCCCUGGCUCCCCAGGCUGGCUGGCUGGGGUUGAAGACAGCUCCCUGACAGUGGACUUGCUGCUGUCCUCCAAGUCGGCCUGUGUAGGGAUCCUGUGCCAGACCCUGGCGCAACUGGAGGAGCUGCAGCCACUGCCUCAGCGCCCGGCACCCUGGCCCCAGGAGCCACUGCUGGGCGCUGCUGUGACCAUACUGCAGCUCUGCCAUGGCGCCGCGACCCCCAGCUCCAGUGGCGGGGGCCGCCUCUGUGCCACCCUGGCUGGCUGCGUCCGUGUCCAGCGAGCUGCCCUCGACUUCCUGGGGACACUGUCUCAGGAGACGUGCUCCCAGGAGUUGGAGCAGCAGGUCUUUGCUGUCCUGUCGGAGUACCUUGGAAGCCCGGACUCCAGUCCCAUGGUCCUGAAGAAGGCCUUCCAGACCACCCUCCGGUGGCUCCUGAGCUCUCCCAGGACACCAGGGUGUCCCGACCUUGGCCCUCACCCCCUACUAUUCCUCAGAGAGCUGUUCCCUGUGCUGCAGAAGCGCCUGUGCAGCCCUGGCUGGGAGGUGCGCGACUCAGCACUGGAGUUCCUCACGCAGCUCAGCCGGCACUGGGGAGGCCAGGCGGACUUCAGGCAGGUGCUGCUGGCGUCUGAGGUGCCCACGCUCACCCAGCAGCUGCUGCAGGACCCUGAGAGUUACGUCCGGGCCAGUGCGGUGGCCGCCGCUGGGCAGCUGUCCAGCCGGGGCCUACAGGACGCCCCCAACAGUCCUGAGCACCCACAGACCCAGCAGGGCCUGCUCGGGGAGCUCCUGCGCAUCCUGUCAACGGAUUCAGAGGGCUUCCCGAGGAGGGCUGUCGUGCAGGUCUUCACCGAGUGGCUAAGGGAUGGCCAUGCUGACGUCGCCCGGGACACGGAGUGGUUUGUGGCCACUGUGCUCCAGGUGGUAAGCCGGGACCUGGACUGGGAGGUCCGGGUGCAGGGCCUGGAGCUUGCACAGGUGUUCCUGGUGCAGAGGCUGGGGCGGCCAUGCUGUCCCUACACGGUGGACCUGCCUGAGGCUGUCUCAGCCACCCCAGUCCCUGAGGUGCUGCAGACUCUCUGCCGGCUGCAGCUCUUUGACUUUGCCUUUCGGGCCUUGCUCGACUGUGACCGACCUGUGGCCCAAAAGGCCUGUGACCUCCUCCUCUUCCUGAGGGACAAGACCACCGUAUGCAGUGACCCGCAGGAGGCUGGGGACAUCCCAGGCUCGGCCUCGGGGCAAAUUACUCUGCAGAGAUGGCAGGACGGGGAGCAAGGCCAGCUCCCGGGAGACUUGCAGCCCGAGGCUGUGCUGGCCCUCCUGAGGUCCACAGACCUGGAGGGACUGCAGGCCCGGCUGUCUCAGAGCAGCGACCACGUGGAGAAGAGCCCCCAGUCCCUCCUGCAGGACAUGCUGGCCACAGUGGGUGUACUGGGGGAAAAUGAGGCCGAUUGCUACUGAGCUGUGUGGCCCCCUGUUCUAGUCUCUGCUGUCCCUGGGCUCCAACCCAGGCUGGCUGCACGGAGGUCUCUAGGAAAUGGAUUAAAAACGCCCAUGUUUUUUAAGCCGGGCCUGGUGAGACAUGCCAGGAUGCUGAGGCAAGGAGGAUCACAAGUUUGAGGCUAGCUUGGGCUUCAUUUCAAGAUCUGGUCUCAAAAAAGGAAACGCAAAUUCCUACAUUUUGAUGUGUUAUUAAAAAAGCGUUUUUAUUUUCUAUUCAAAGUGA